AAAGAAAACGUGACGACAAGUGUCUCUAACGAUGCCUUCGAUGUCAGCCAAUAUGUGGUUCAUUUCACUUCCGGCUGUAAAAGUGGAUUCACUUGUUUGCGGAUAUAUAAGCGCUCGAAUCAAAUCAUUGAAUUACAAUACGGCUCGUCUGCCAAACAGCCCAGUGAUGCCUGUUCUCAGCACCACUUCAAGCCAUAUAACGCUAAAUACUUAACCCUCACGACGAUGUCAUCGGAUACGAGUGAUUGUCCUUUUGAAGGCAUAUAUGCAGUGAACGUUCCCGACGAUGGGCUAUACAAUGGCCUCAAUGACCGUCAAUUGAAUCCUUCCAACGAGAAAUCAUUAUUGAUUUGUUCGGAACAAUCAUCACUCAAUUCCCGGUGCAAUUCCAACGAUCACAUCCAACUGCAGUCCAAAUGCACUUUCAAUGACAACAUUCGAAACUUUAGAUGUAAGGGCGGGUGGAAAGAGAAUGAAACCACUUAUUUGGUCGCCUCUUCUAAUGAAGAU